AUGUCAAGCAAGACUUCAACGAAGGAGAUUGAUCCGUUACUGAGGGAUCUGGACGAGAAGAAACUGAAUUUUCGCCGGAACGUGGUUUCACUCGCCGCCGAGCUCAAGGAUGUCCGCAGCCGUCUUUCAUCCCAAGAAGAAUCAUUUGCUAAAGAAUCUUUAACUAGACAGGAAGCAGAAAUAAGAGCUAAGAACAUGGAAGAAGAGAUUUGUCGAUUGCAGAAGAGUUUAGAUGAGAGAAAUCUGCAGCUUCAAGCAUCAUCAUCCGAUGCUGAAAAGUAUCAACGGGAAUUGGAUCAUCUUACAUCACAACUUUCAUCCACAAAAGCAACAGCGGAUGCAAGUGCCAUUUCUGCUCAAUCUGCACAGCUUCAAUGCAUGGCUCUGUUAAAGGAACUGGAUCAGAAGAACAGGUCGUUGAAAGAGCAUGAAGCUCGAGUUAAUCAAUUGGCACAUCAGGUAGAUCUUUUGCAGAAGGAUCUUGAAUCACGAGAAUCUACACAAAAACAAUUGAAAGAUGAAGUCAUGCGAGUUGAACAUGACAUCAUGCAAGCUUUAGCAAAAGCUGGAGCAAAUAAUGAUUGUGAAUUAAGGAAGAUACUUGACGAGGUUUCACCUCGAAAUCUUGACAAGAUGAUGAAAUUGUUAUCGGCCAAAGAUGAAGAAAUAAGCAAGUUGAGAGAUGAAAUCCGGGUUAUGUCAGCUCAUUGGAAACUCAAAACCAAGGAUCUUGAGUCCCAAUUGGAGAAACAUCGUAGAGCAGAUCAGGAGUUGAAGAAAAGAGUUUUAAAACUUGAGUUUUGUCUUCAUGAAGCUCGAGCUCAAACCCGGAAGCUCCAACGGAUGGGAGAGAGGCGAGACAAAGCUUUGAAAGAAGUGAGAGAUGAAUUGGCAGCAACAAAGAAUGGUGGAAACGGGGAAAACCAGAGCCAGAACCAGAACUUCUGGGAGAUGCCAGGGUUUAAGAUUGCUGUAUCCAUGUCGAUGGUGAUUCUGGUGUUGAUUUCUAAGCGCUAGUAGUCUAGUAGUCUAGUAGCGUAGGUGUAUUAUGUUAGAGAUAAUUUGAAAGGUGAAUGUGUAUGUGAAUGGAAUUAAGUGUUGGAUACCUGGAUAAAAAUUAGGAUCAUAGUGAGCCUGGAAUUAAAGAGGGGAUGGGUUUGUUUAUAAAAUACCCUACCUGUAGAUCUUUUUAAAAAUUUCAAAUUUCAG